AUGAUGAACAACUGUUGCAUCAGCUGGAGGAGCAAGAAGCAACGAACGGUGGCACUAUCAUCAGCGGAAGCAGAGUACAUGGCGCUAUCGGAGACUACACAAGAAUCAGUUUGGUUGAGGGUGUUCCUGUGCAAACUUGGUGAGAUGACAAGCAACCAAGCUGUCAAGAUCUCCAAGGACAACCAAGGAUCGAUUGCAUUGGCCAAGAACCCAGAAUUUCACAAACGCACCAAGCACAUCGACAUUCGCUACCAUUUUGCUCGUGAAAAGGUUGCUGAAGGACAAGUGGUGCUAGAAUACUGCCCAACCAAGGACAUGAAGGCCGAUAUAAUGACCAAGCCGAUCACCGUCGUACAGUUCCAGAAACUUCGGACCAUGUUGGGCAUCAAGGCGCCACAAUCUGCCGAGGCGAGUGGGAGUGUUGUAAUCGACGUCUUGGCAUGA